GGGGUAUCAUUGCCAUUCAAGAUAAUUUUACACAAGCAGUCAAAAAUAAGUUCGUAUCAGUUUUAAUUAAUGUAUAUUGAAUUUUAAUUGACUUUUGUUUUAUUUUAAAGAUUAAUAGAACUUCAGACAGGUCCAGUUACUUUAAAUGCAUCAUCACUUCAUCUUUAUCUUGACAUGACCAAUUAUUAA